GCAGUCGCCAGCGGAAACGGAAGUGCAGAAAGUCCCGAGCGGCUGGCCGUGCAAACUGUUGCUCGUCGGUGUGUUGGUGAUUGUGUUGGUGUGGCCGUGUCGGUGUGCUGGUGAUUCUCUCGGUGGCAUUGUUGGUGUUGGACAAUUAGCAAAGUUGCUGUAACAGACCGAAUUAUCCGACAAAUUUGAUGAAAAUGGUAAACAUUAAAUUGUAAUGCGGCACGCGGAGUAAAAUCCUGAAAUGGCACAGCAACAGCGCAGCUGGGACGAGGGAGCUGGAGGAUCCUACGGCCAUCCCCACUCCUCGCAUCACAAAGUACCUGCACGAGCUGCCAGCAAUCCUUUGCCCUGCAAGGGAGCUACUCCCAAAGUUCCCAGGCCAUACCAUGGUGCUCCGUCGCCGAGUUACGGAUACGGGGGCUACGAGACCCCGCGGAGUCCCAAGAUCACCACCACCUUCGCCCAGGACAGUUGCGAUGAUGGCAGUAGCUCUACGCCGAGCUCGUACUAUCAGACACCCCCUACGGGAUCGAUCGAUGACUCCGCCUCGCUGCUCAGUGGACGCACCACUGCCCGCAGUCCCAAGUCCCCGUGCCAGUUCGUCUUCGAUGCAGUGAGUCCCAGCCAUGGUAGGAAGUUCGAGUACUACGAACCAAUCUCUCCGGACGAUGGAGCGCUCUAUUACGAUCCCCCCAGCUCGCCACGUCGGCAGGGCUCCAAGAAGUUGAUGCGCUCAAAGUCUCCUCUCGAUCCAGUUCCACAGUUGACCACCACCGGGGUGGAUGAGAGCAUGGCGGUGGCUAUGGUGGCAAUGGGCGGAGGCGGGGGAGGAGGUUCUGGAGGAGGUUACACCUCAGGAGGACUAAACAAGCGGCAGCGAGAUGAGUGGGAGCUGCCGGUGAUCAGUAAGAUCGAGGCAAGAAAUCUAAGUGCAGCUGCCUCCGCCGCAGGAGCAGGAGGAGCUGGGGGAUCGGGAUCGGCAGGAGGCAACUAUUACGGCCUGAAGCGCGACUCCUGCGUCACUGACUGCACCCAGCUGUCUAUGGAAUCCGGCGAGACGGGCACCCAGCACACCAACAGCACCAGGGUGACCCACACCACCACCAGCUUCAGCUUCACGGAGCCGGAAAUGGAGCAGGAGCCAGGACAGCCUGGUCAGCAUGGACAGCCGCAGUCGCACCGCCAACGCCGCCAUGCCAUUAACAUCACCUCCAAUCCCGGCUACCAGGUGCUCCACAGCUCCCACUCCACGCUGGAUCGUACUUGUUCGGAUAGCGUCGUCUCCCUGCGCUAUCGCAAAUCCACCAGUGACCUGACCCAAGAUGCCGACCACGAGCUCAGUGGCUGCAAGCCGAACAAGCCGAAGGCCCACGUGGAGCACAAGCCGCGACGCAGGGGCAGUUCCAAGGGGGGAUUGGCCUACCUGGCCAGCCGGCGGAGCUCCAGGGAGUCGAUGAAGAGCGCCUGCUCCAACGCCUCCAUCGUCUCCAACGAUGACGUCGGACCACUGGCCUUCCAGAGCUCCAAUCGCGGUCGCCAGCGCAGGACAUCCAACUUCCUCGAGCUGCCAGUUCCCGACCACGUUCGACCGCGCGUCUGCUCGCUGCCGGAGCGACCUUACAACCCGCGGGCCAGCGACGACCUCUACCGCCUGCGGCACUUCUCCAUCAGCAAGGGCAACGUGGUCAACUGCGGCGACUCGAUAAUCUCGCGGAGGUCACGGAGCAACACCAGCGUGAACUCGACGAACAGCCGGGCCAGCGAGCGGUCGCCCUUCGAGGGCAGCUGCUGCGGGGCGGGCUACGCCAACGUGGACUCCCUGCCGGCGACGCCGGACGACUCCGAGAACCUGGACCCACCGCCCCCGGCCCGCUACCGCGUGGUCAUGCUGGGCGAUGCCGGCGUGGGCAAGACGGCGCUGGUCAACCAGUUCAUGACCUCGGAGUACAUGCACACCUACGACGCCAGCCUGGUUUUAGACGACGAGUUCGGCGAGAAGACGGUGAGCGUGCUGCUGGACGAUGAGGAGUCGGACAUGGUCUUCAUCGACCAUCCCAGCGUAGAGAUGAGCGUGGAGAACUCUCUGUCCACCUACGAGCCCCAUGGCUGCGUCGUGGUCUUCUCGGUGGUGGACCGCAGCUCCUUCCGCGUGGCCGAGGAAAUCAUCAACUACCUGUGGCAGGAGAACUACACCAAGGACAAGGCCGUCAUCCUGGUGGGCAACAAGGCGGACCUGGCCCGCGCCCGUCUCAUCACCUCGCAGGAGGGCAAAGCCCUGGCCGCCUCACGCGAUGCCAAAUUUAUUGAGACGUCCAGCGGCAUACAGCACAAUGUCGAUGAGCUGCUCGUCGGCAUAUUGAAGCAGAUGCGUCUGAAGGAGAAGCGCGAGAAGAAGGCCACCGCCUCGAAGAUGAAGACCUCUCGCACCCACAUAUCGCUGCACUUGGCCAAGGAGCUGCUGCAGAAGAUCUGCCUCAGUGACAUCUCCAAGUCGAAGAGCUGCGAGAACCUGCAUGUGCUAUAGAGAUAUCCCCCAAGCGAACCCAAUCACAUGUGCGGAGCAAAACCCUGAUGUCUUCUUGCCCCGGCUAAAUUCCUGGGCGAAAUUAUGCCACAAAACUGUAUACAAAAGAGAAUUUUAUCAAAAGCGGCUGCCUGGCGAAAUAUUCCAGAUGCCAUUCAGAUUGGACCGCAAAAAACGGACGGGGAUGUGGAUGUGUUCAUCGCCUUUGCGGUGCUCCGUUUAUUAAAAGUUUAAUGCCGGGUCUCGGGUUUCGGCAAGUCAUUGGCUGUGGUCAGGCCUCCAGAUUCGGCGAUAGUCGACUUGUUUAUGGCGGAUGUUUUGGAUCGGCUUAUCGCGCCCAGACGCACCUCCAACUGGGUGGCGAAGGCCGGUCUGAUAGGCCCCGAUCCAAUAAUUUAAUGAUCCAGCAAUCCGACGACCCAGCGAUCCAGCGAGGCGUGUGCGGCCUCCACCCCGAAAAAAAAACAGUAUAAACCCGCUGAAGGAGGCGGGUCCGUAAUACUUAAUUUAUAGAUGUACAUUUUAAUGCGUACUUGCAUAUACAUACAUAGAUACUUAUAUGUGUUCCAAUGCGAAUAACUUCAAUUCCAAUAAUGUGCUGUCAAUUGAACGCUACGAAACGCUUAAGGAGCAGCCCCCAAGAGACGAGAGAAACUUUAUAGAUGUUGAUUUAUGUAUACACAUAGAGGCCAUAAGCAGCAUAUAUACACGUGACCUAUAUCGGAUAAGUUUAUUGUCUAGGCUAGGGUUACUUAACGCUCCACCUGCUUCGCAAAGAAAAUCUUCCAAUUGACGAAAAUCUCAUAUCGGAAUGACUGUUGAAUGUUGACUGUUGUUAGUCUAAGCCAAGAACAAAUACCAUUUAAUCAAAGUACUUCACUCAGAUAUAUAGAUGUAUCUCAACGUGUACACCGUACCUAUAUUAUAUAUAUAUUUAAAGAUAAAGAUACAAAGAUACAUAUACAUUAUACAUAUACGUAUAUAAUAUACCAUAUAUUUACGAACUUCUAACACUUCUGAACUCAUACGCUUAUAUAUUUGAAAAAUACCUUUUACAAAAUGCGAAAGGCAAGGCAAAAACAAACGUAACUCUAACUAUUUUCAUACGCAAACUUACACAUUAGAGGGGGGAUGGGAUUGCGAGGAUUCCGAAUGCCGGAUUCCGGAUUCCGGACGGGAUGGGAUUGGUUUGAAGGCCUGCCACCGGGCCCGUCCAAAGUCGAGCACUCGACAGCUGUGCACUCAUGUUUGCCCUCCUCUACUUUCUACUUUCUCCUGCCCCUUUCCCAGCCCCUCACCGACAUUCCUUCCGCUUCACAUCCUCCUCCACAUCCUUUCUGUCGAGUGCACUUUAUCAUUUUUAACAUUUAGCAAACAAAACAGAAAGUUGCUGCGGCCAAAGUUUUAAUUUGCAACGCAAAGCCUGGCUGGCGGAAAUAUUCGAAUGUUCCGCAUCCGCACCGUGGCCAUCUGCAACGCGCAUACGCCGCGUGCGCCGAGGUCGAGGCUUUAAUUUGAUUUGCUAAUCAAAUCGCCGAAGGAAACCCAAAUCGAAUCAGAGCCAGCUAUAAACUCCCACCGAAUUUACUGUGUAAAGCCAUUAAACAACAAUGUAUUCUAAAUGAGAUUUUACGGCCGCCAUUUAAACAUAACAAUUGGCUAAAAGCGUAGCGAUAAAGAUAUCUAACCGUACAUAUACAUACAUACCUCCUAUAAAUACAUAUAUAUUUGUGUAAAGAUCGAUGUAUAUUUAUAUAUAUUUUUCCAAGCUGAAUAGAGAACCCUUGGCAAAGAAUCAAUUUUGUGUUGCAUAGUAUAAUCCGCAAUUGUACGCUUUUGCCUGUCACCGAGAUGAGGCUGCAGAAAAAGCAAAUUAAUUAGAGUACACGGAGAUAAAAUCCGAUUUCUUGUUUGGUGUGUAUAACUAUGGUACCCCCCUUUCCCGACCGCCCAAUCGCCCUCCUCCUCCCGACUCGAUCUCAUCAUCCGAUAAAUAAAGGACAAGGACGCUCUGUAA